UCAUUCUAGUGGGCGGGGUGCUAAAAACAGCCUUGUGUGACAAAAACAAGUCGGCUAGUUAGUUAGCUUUUUUUUUUUUUAAAUAUAUAUAUAUAUAUAUACAUGUACACAGAAACUACCGGAUACCGUUUAUAAGUGCCCUUGUGACGUCACGGUUCGUUAAGGGACACCUGAGGAGCGGCCGGGCGGAUUAACGGAGCUGCUGAAGUGGAAAUGGAGGAGGUUCACCAGAGUGGCAGCAACGGCACCGAGUCACAACCUGCCACCAUCCCAACCACCAUCACAGCAUCUCAGUUAUCACAGAUCACUCAGAUGACUCUAGGAGGAUCUCCUGUGGCUGUGGUGCAGCUCCCUGGAGGUCAGAUUCAGGUGCAGGGGGUCAUCCAGUCGGCUCAGUCUUCAGUGAUCCAGUCUCCACCAGCACAAGUACAGGGUCAGGGGUCAGACAGUGAAGAUUCUCAGGAUUCAACAGACAGUGGAGCAUCAAACCAGAAGACACGAGAGCUGCUGGCCAGACGCCCGUCUUACAGGAAGAUUUUAAACGACCUCUCAGCGGAGGAAGUAGCAACGCGUAAUGAAGGAGAGGAGGAGACCUCUGCGUCAUCUGCCAUGACCACGGUGUCCCUGUCCACGCCCAUCUAUCAGACCAGCAGUGGACAGUACAUUGCAAUAGCGUCAAACGGCUCUCUGCAGUUAGCGGGUGCAGGCUCUGAGGGCGUUCAGGGUCUGCAGACGCUCACCAUGAGCAACUCGAACCCCAGCCAGCCCACCAUCCUACAGUACGCUCAGACCGCAGACGGGCAGCAGAUCCUCCUCCCCAGCAACCAGGUGGUGCUGCAAGGGACAGGCGGUGAGAUGCAGGCGUAUCAGAUUCGCUCGUCAUCGUCAGCGUUGCCGCAGACUGUCGUCAUGACGUCACCGGUUAUCAGCUCUCAGGGAAAGAGUGAUGACCCUCAGCUGAAGAGAGAGAUUCGCCUCGCCAAAAACAGGGAGGCGGCUCGUGAGUGUCGCAGGAAGAAGAAGGAGUAUGUGAAGUGCCUGGAGAACCGCGUGGCUGUGCUGGAGAACCAAAACAAAACGCUGAUCGAAGAGCUCAAGACAUUAAAGGACCUGUACUGCGUCAAAACGGGCUAAUGGGCAGCGCCAGGCCCGAUGGACAGUACUUGCAGCUCUGCCUACACACACACACACACACACAGGGAAUGUCAGUUCCUUUUUUUAUACUCCUUUUUAACUAACAGCUUAGGAAGCGCAGGACAGACGGACACACGCAGAGUUUAUGGAGAGUAAUGAUGAUAUUUUCCUUCAGCUAUUUUUAAUAAGAGAAGAGCAGAUGUGUAUAUAUUUGUGUACGUGUCCCAGGUGGGGAAGAAGAUCCUCUUUAUCAGCCAGCCGUGUGUUUAUUAGGGAGUGUGUGCAGCUUUUUCCCCAGAAGUGCUGAAAUAAAAUAAAAGGUGAGAAUAGUUCAGACUAGAGCAGGUAGAAGUGAGUGAGAUCUCUCUCUCUCUCUCUCACAGACACACACCUCAUGUUUUCUUGAAUAUUGUUUUUUAAUCCCUUUUUUGACCAAAUGUCACUUCCAGAGGUGUUGUUUUUUUUUUUUUUAACUCUAAGCGCAUUUCUUACACACCUUUUUUUUUUUUUGGUUCCUUUUUUUAAUGAAGAAUCUUAUUUUUUUGUUCUUCGUGUCUGAGGGAACGGUCCUUGAGCCAAAUCUGUGUCUACAAUCAUGCCAUGCUUUGAGGUGCAGCAGACUAAACGCCUAAACAGCUGGAUUUCCUGAAUAACUGUGUGGCUGAAGCUGUUACAGUUCACUUCAAUCAGGGAGCUCGCUUGCACUUCGACAUGCAGGUGACGUUUAUUAAUAAAAUACAGAAUAUAAAAAGAGAGAACCUGUGGGUUUUUUUUUUUAAGUGAACUGAAAUAAAAAACGUUUCCAUCCUCUUUA